GAGCCGGAGCCCCGGGCUGGGCGCGGGCGGCGGCGCGAGCAGGGCAGGCGAGCUCCGCGCUCUGUCCCCAUGGCGGGGAGCGGGCCGCGGCGGCGGCGGCGCUGCUAGGCCCGGGGUGGGGGCCCGGGGCCGAGGGGAAGAUGAGCGCCCUACUAGAGCAGAAGGAGCAGCAGGAGAGGCUGCGGGAGGCCGCGGCCUUGGGGGACAUUCGGGAGGUGCAGAAACUGGUGGAGAGCGGGGUGGAUGUGAACUCCCAAAAUGAGGUCAACGGCUGGACCUGCUUACACUGGGCAUGUAAACGCAAUCAUGGUCAGGUGGUCUCUUACUUGUUAAAAUCAGGAGCUGACAAAGAGAUUCUUACCACAAAAGGAGAAAUGCCAGUCCAGUUAACAUCAAGGAGAGAAAUCAGGAAGAUUAUGGGAGUGGAAGACGACAAUGAUGAUGACGACAACCUCCCCCAGCUGAAGAAGGAGUCAGAACUUCCCUUUGUUCCCAACUAUUUGGCCAACCCAGCCUUCCCUUUUAUCUACACCCCUGCGGCAGAGGAUUCAGCCCAGCUGCAGAACGGGGGCCCCUCCACACCUCCGGCAUCACCCCCUGCAGAUGGCUCACCUCCCUUGCUCUCCCCAGGGAACCCUCCGCUGCUGGGGGCCUUUCCACGGGACCACACCUCUUUGGCACUCGUUCAGAACGGGGAUGUGUCUGCCCCCUCUGCCAUACUCAGAGCACCAGAAAGCACAAAACCGGGUCCUGUUUGUCAGCCACCAGUGAGUCAGAGUCGCUCAUUGUUCUCUUCUGUCCCGUCCAAGCCACCAGUGUCUCUGGAGCCUCAGAAUGGGACGUAUGCAGGACCGGCGCCAGCAUUCCAGCCAUUUUUCUUCACUGGAGCGUUUCCAUUUAACAUGCAAGAACUGGUACUCAAGGUAAGGAUUCAGAACCCAUCUCUUCGAGAAAAUGAUUUCAUUGAAAUUGAACUGGACCGACAGGAGCUCACCUACCAAGAAUUGCUCAGAGUGAGUUGCUGUGAGCUGGGUGUUAAUCCAGAUCAAGUGGAGAAGAUCAGAAAGUUACCCAAUACUCUGGUAAGAAAGGACAAAGAUGUUGCUCGACUUCAAGAUUUCCAAGAGCUGGAAUUGGUUCUAACGAUAAGUGAAAAUAACUUUCUGUUCAGAAAUGCUGCAUCCACACUGACUGAAAGGCCUUGCUACAACCGGAGAGCUUCAAAACUGACUUACUAAUGCAUCAGGACUGUUAUCACUGCGCGUUGUGACAGUGUGUCACCUCUGGGCCAAGGACAAACCAUUGAUAGGCCUUGGACGCCCGGGAGGGUCCCUGGUGCCACCGCAUAGCAUACACUAACAUCGUUCUGCCAAGGUAGGAAGCCCCUGACCCCUAAGCAGCGGUGCCACGCUUCCAAGCCUCUUGGUGCACAAUAAACCUAUUGCUUGAAGCCAUGAACAGCUGAGAAGUGGUCUGGAGAGGCAGCAGCCGGCGGUUCUGUAUCAGUGUGUUUUAUGUGCAGAAUGUAAGAGAGUUGUCCAAGCAGAAGCUGAGAGAGAAUGGAGCCUAUUUCUAGCCGCUCCUGUUGACAGUGCACCUGAAGGGCCGGGUUGCACUUUUCUUGGUGUUGCAUGCUCCCAACUCUCCUGAAAUGUGAACUGACUAGAGAGGGAAACGGGGGAAAGCACAGGUACUGGACAAAGCAAUUUCAGUGUGAUUUGUGGCUGUGAGGUUUCACAUAACAUAUUUCUAAAUGUUACUCAGGUUAAAGUACUUAGGAAUACAGUUACCUAAUUGUAAAUACGCUGUUAACCAAAAGAGCUCCCCGUCCCCGCUCUUUCCUUUGUGAGCACUCAUGACUGCCUCUGUCUCCAGUCUGCCCUCGCCUCCAGUCAUCUCUGCAUUAACUCCCCUUCGUGUCGCUAGAGGGCUCUCUGAUGCUUUCUCAAAGAGCAACCACUUUUUUUUUUUUUUUAACUCUGAAGCAGUUCCUGUCAUCUACAUGUUUAAUUGCACCACAUGAGAAGAGCACAAACAUUGCUGGUCCGAGUUCUCCACUUUCAUUGUCCACUAGGAAUGAAAAGCAAUUUUUGAGACUGAAUCUGUUGCUAUUUUAAAGGUUAUUGUGGGAAACUGAGCUAAAGGAGUUAGCAUCUUUAUUUUUGUAUCAAAGAUAAAGGUUAUUUUGAAAUUAUUAGGAUUUUUACACAACUCUGAAAUCUGUUUUUUGUAAACAAAUUGUUUGAUCUUGGGGAUCCCCCACUACCGCCACCAAUCCACUCAACAAAGUCAAUUGUGAGCCUACCAGGCUUUGUUCUGGGAAAAACAAACACACAUCUGAUUAAACUCUCGAGCAUGGCAUCAGAAUUUUUUAAAGAACGCAUUCAAGGCUUCUUUCCCUUCCUUCAGUGUCAUUACUGUUAAAAGAAAAGCCACUGUCUUGUUGAAACAAACAGCUUAUUAACUCUAGAAAUAAGAAGGAGCAAGCUCGGACAGCCGGGAGAGCAGGGGCGCGCAGCAGCUGCCCAGGAGGCUCCCUGCUGUCUUGAGCAGCUUUUCCCAUAGUGCCUCUAGCUUCCAAAGAAACUUCACUUCCAACUGGGUUAAUUUUAUCGGAACCCGCAACUGUGAGAGAACGUGUGAAGGUGCCCGUGGAAGAGGGUGUUGUGCUAAGAUAAUGGCCUCCUGCUGCGGCCUCGAUGCUGAGCCGGGGCUGAGGUGUGUUCAAGGCCAACUGCAUGGAGUCACUCUGUUCAGUGACUUAAUUGUGUUCCGCCACUUAGUGAUAGUGAGUAACUGGCCCUUGUCUGGUGUUUGCACAGCAGAGUAAAGGUUACUUAUUACCCUCUUUCUAUGAAGUGCUUUCGAGAAGAAACCUCCCUUGUGUUUCAGUCAAUCAGAAGCUGGUUUAUCUAGACAUACGAACCUUUUUUUCCCUUUCCUUUGAAAAAAGUUACAAUUUACUGAUAAAUUAAGGCUAGUUCUCUCCUGGAGUAAGUAAAUGCAGUAUUAAUUCAUUUUUAAAUCACUGGGGUGAAAACUCUUCCAGCUAUCCAGAUCAAUUCGAGAUUUUCAGAAGCAGUGGAGGCCCCUGGCUGGGAGGGGUCUACACAGGACUAGCUCCAGGGCUUUCCUGGGCCUGGAAACGGAGGCCAGCGAGGGGUUCGGAGUCUCCAGUGAGAGAUGAGUCCUGCACUGGGGCUCCUCCGUUAUAAGUCCUCUGGUCAACUGACUCCUGCGGACGGCAGUGGGGUAAGGCUGCACAUUGCUGGUAGGUGAGUUUAAAGUCUUAAUCUAUGCAUUCAGAGAAAUAUUUUUAUAAGCUCUGUGUAAUUUAUAACAAGGAUUCUUUUUAGCUCUGUUAACUGUGAAUUCACCACCCUCCUCCACUGCAUAUUUACCGCAUGUGUUCACACUGUGUGUAAACAUUCACUGAAGGUUUUUUUUGUGUGCAUUGCUGACUGUUCAAACAUAACAACUAUUAUUAAAAUUAAAUAUUAACUGAGUUAAGUCAUAUUCUGUAA